CCGCUUGAAACACAAGUCAAAAAAUAUUUAAACUGUCAUUUUAGUUUAGAAUUUGAAGAUAAAUUCGAUUCCUUUUAAAGCAAAGAAGAUUCAUAUUAUUGAAUUUAAUCAUUUGCAACAAGGAUGAAGGCAGCGAUCAUGAUUCUCUUCCUAUUUAUAUUUGGAAGCAAAAGCAAGGCACAGAAAGCUCAAUGUGAAUUUAGCAGAAAAGAUUUUGAAAUAACUGGAAUUACAUCAAAAGAUUCAAAUUUCUACGUAUGUGAAUUGAGUGACAAGCAAUCAAUUAAAAGAGAUCACCAAGAAGACCUAAGUGACAACAAUGUCAGACUUUUGCACAUCUUAAAAAACAGCAAAUUAGAAACAUUUUCACAACUUUUGUGCAGCAAAUUUCCAAAUCUUGAAGUAAUUUGGACAGAAAAUGCAGCCAUAAAGUCAAUUGAUCAGUCAUCAUUUAAAUAUUGUGGACAGUUAGAAUAUUUGGAGAUGAAUGGAAAUAAAAUUCAAGAAAUUCCACCCGGAACCUUUUCAUUUCAAAAUAAAUUGCGGGAAUUGUCGCUUGAAAACAACAAAAUUAAAACUUUACAUUCUGACAGCUUCGAUCAACUUGAAAAUGUCAGAACCUUAAGUUUAGCUUCGAAUGAUAUUUCUGAUCUUCCAGAAAAUGUUUUCGUGCCUUUCAAAAGAUUACUAAGUCUGAACCUUAACAACAACAAGUUGACAACAAUUCAUGCUGACUCAUUUCGAUCGCACGUCUAUUUUGAGAGUGUUUAUCUUUACAACAAUCAAAUUAAUUCACUUGAUCCGCAGAUUGGUUCUAAAGUACCAGCAAUUAAUCUUGACAUUCAGCUCAACAACUGCGCAUCAUCGUUAUUUAAUGGACGGGUUGAUAUCAAGCUUUUGAAGAAAUGUUUUGACAAUUAUAAACCUCGGGAGUCAAGAAUUGCUUAG